AUGGAUAGAUAUUCAGGUCCUGUGAUGACCACAGAGGACGCACGCGCAGUCAUUGAAGAGCUAGCGCGGCACAAAGGCGCCUUUACACUUGAAUUCAGGCGAGAAGCAGAAGAGGAGGCCAAAAAUGGCCGCAAGGGCAUGCUGCAAGCGAUCCAAGGCAGCGAGGAGAUUCGUGAAGACUUGGCAAAGGCACUGAAAAUCAUAUCAACCGACCUGUACACAAGCCGCGCGCGGUUUCUGAUGGAAGUCAUCCAGAAUGCCGACGACAACAAGUAUGCAGAGGGCGAGACACCAACAUUGUCCAUCACCGUAUCUCCCAAACAGGUCAAGAUCGAAUGCAACGAGGAGGGCUUCUCCAGAGAGAACAUUCAGGCGCUAUGUCGGACGGGUCGGAGUUCCAAAAGGCCUGGCCAAGGAUACACGGGCGAAAAGGGCAUCGGCUUCAAGUCUGUCUUCAAACUCGCCAAUCGGGCACACAUACGCUCUCCCCCUUACUACUUUCAGCUGGAUCAGACGAGAGAGCUUGGCAUGAUUACGCCGCGGUGGGACGAAGACUACUUUGACGACCACGAGGAAGAACAUCAGACGACCAUCAUCCUGGACCGCAUCUGCGACCGGACGACAGACUUUUCAACUGCGCUAAAAAAGGACGUUGACGCAAUCGACCCUGUCCUCAUUCUUUUCCUGCGGCGCAUAGAACGAUUCCAUCUCGCGCUCUUCAAGUCCUUCUAUGAUGAUGAGCCGAUCAUCUCAAAAAGCUUCCAGCGCGUCAACUGGACGCCCGAUUCUGGAAUUGUGUCGCUUAAAGAUGAAGAUGCCAACACAAUGCGCCACUUGUUCAAACACCGAUUCACCACUGAUUUUGAGGGCACCGAAAUCCGACGACUAGGCGUUACAGAGACCGACAUUGUACUGGCCUUUCCGGUGAAGAAGAUAUCGGGCACGUAUAUGCCCUCGACACGAAAGCAAAACUUUGCCUUUGCUUAUCUGCCUCUUGGGGACUUUGGGUUCAAGUUUGUUAUUCAGGCAGAUUUUCUCACCACGUCGAAUCGGCAAUCGGUCGACGAAGAUAACUAUUGGAACAAAAACAUUGCAGACGCGAUUCCGCACGCCUUUGAGGCAGCUAUCGACAACUUCAACUUCAAUAACAGGAACUCAGACUUGGACGAGCUAGCAAAACUGUGGCCGCUCUACCUCAGUCACAAUACUAAUGUCUUGAGCGCUUACUGGCGCAACAUAGCAAAGGGAAUAAAUAAGCACCUCAGAAGAGCAUUCGUCAUCAAGGACCUAGCCGGCAGGGUCCGGGUGCCAAAAAAUCUCAUGUUCUUAGACUGGGCGCACGAUCGCAAUGAUAAGCCGAUGUUUGGGCAGAUGUGCGACUAUGUCUCUCCUGAUUAUCCCGAGUCGGUCCGUGAGGCGCUCUUGUUGUUGGGUGUCACUGCCCCUGACUGGAAGUGGUUGUGCGACAAGCUUCAGGAGCUGCACAAUAAAAACUCGCUUCACAUUAGGACGCGAAGCAAAGAGUGGUGCUCCGAUCUCGCCAAAGUAAUCCUCGAGCCACAGGAGCCAAGGGGCGACAGAAAGUAUGCAAGAGACCUGAGAAACUUUUCUCUGAUCCCCCUGGCCGACGGCACCUGGCGGCGCCCCCCCUCUGAAGAUGAUCCAAUCUACUUUCCGGUAAGUUUGGGGACGGUCAUUCCACCUGGACUGCCAUUGUCUCUGGUCGACGAAGAAGCUUGCGCUUGCCCCAAGAGGCGUAGGCUCUAUCGACUCCUUGGAGUAAAGGACUGUGACGUCCCAAACGUCGUCAGGCGGAUCCUCGACUACCACGCCGAAGUUAGAUCUGCAAUGCCUAGUAAUCUCAUCGCCCAACUAAAGUACCUCUACAAGAUGCGAGAGCAUCUGCGGCCCGGUGACAUGGACAAUGUAUAUUUUUCGUGUUCCAAUGGCAAGUACUUCCAAAGGGGCACAUCGGCAUAUGCCGAUAUUUCUGUUGGUGGUGAGCUGCAACAGCUUUUCUCCGGUUCCAGAGACGACAAUUUUCUGGACGGUGACUACUUUGCAGAACUCGAUCCUUUUGAAAGAGCCGAGCUUGCACAAUGGUUGAACGAGAUGGCCAGCGUGGCGCUAGCCCCUCGCUUCAUCUCAACUUAUUCCCAUAGGCUCCACAGCGACUUUGAAUGGUUGUUGGAUAAUAAAAGCGACCAGGUCUUGGCUAUUUUGCGUCAGAACUGGAGUCUUUACAACAAGUGCAUGACGAAAAAGGCGAAAGACACACUGGCAGACCAUGAAUUCAUGUGCAAGUCGGGAGAUCGAGUUGUUUUGCGCAAGACCUACAUCCCCUUUCCCAAACUUUUAGAAAAGACACAAGCGUUUGGCUACGCCGACGAAUGCCAUUUCCUGGAAUUACCUAGUGGUGUCCCAAAGGACUGGAAAUUUUUAUCCAGCUUGGAUGUCGGACUGGAUGAUGGGCUCGACUUUUAUUUGUGGAUACUCAACCAGAGCGGCUUCAAGCGGCACAUAGACAUCGACAAGUCAAAACAGCUUUACCUAGAGAUCCAGUCGCGAGCUUUCUCUCCUACUGAGGAGCUGAAGGUCAAGAAAGCGUUUGGUAAUUCUUUUGUCCAUCUUCCGAACCGCGAGUAUGAGUGGCUAGAAAGCUGCGUCUGGCAAGGGCCCAAGGGUUUCUCGUCCAAGCCUGCCUUACGCCCAGGCUACGGUCAUGAACUGGAUAGGCUUUUUCGAGAGAUCUUGAAAGUCCCAAACGCGACGAGUGCUGAAGUUCAAGAAUAUCUUGAACAGCUUCGGCAUGAUAAGUCGACGACCAUGGCAGAUGUCACUGAAGUCUAUGUGUUUAUACAAAACCACUGCGCAGACACGUUCAGAGUCUAUGACCAAACCGCCUGCAUUGCCGUACCAUCUUUACUGGGGUCUGCCCUCGAGUGGAAAACGCCGACUCAGUGCGUGUGGGACGACCAGGAGUUUUCGCAGAAUGAGCUCGAGCUAGAGAGCAGGACCGUCAUUCGUCGCACCGUAGAGCAGCACGCACCGUUAGCAAAAGCUUUCUUCACCGAAGUUCUCAAGCUCCCAAACGCUGGCAUCCAUGAACUGCUUGCCGAUUUGACAUUGAUGCAGAAAAAGAAGCGCGACGAUCCGGGGCGAGUGUAUCGGCUCUAUGAGAGAAUUGAGAGCUGCCGUCGCCGCUGGCCAACCUUUAUAAAAAUAGCUUUUAAGAACAACCCCCUCGUGUUUCUUCGUGGUAUCAACGACCAAAGCGGCCGAUGGCUGUCACUCGAGGACUGCAUCUGGACCCGGUCGGUUCUACGGUACAAGCAUGCCCUCAUGCCUUCGUUGAAUCAAUAUCGCGAUCUGUUCCGGUCUACGUUGGAAGUGCCGAAUGCAACCAUGGAUAUGCUGGUCACUGACUUGCUGGAAUCACUAACGGACUGCCCCCUGGAAGACGAGGACGGUUACCAGUACGUAAAGGAGCUUCUGCAAGAAAUUGCCCGCCUGCGGCAGAACAAUAAUGAGCUAGAACGACUGGACGACAUAGAAUGCUGGCCGUGCCACACGCCAAAUUGCCCGCGUGAGUUUUGCUCGAUUGGAAGUUUCUACGUCAACGACCGGCAGGAUCUGUUCGACGUCUUCUCUAACAGUUAUACCUUUCUCGACUUCGAUUUUGACACUUCCAAAGGAAUUGCAGAUUUGCUUCAUAAUCGAGGCUGCGACUCGUUUCUGUCCGAGAACGUUUCUAUAGACACGGAAUCUCGCGAACCGCUUGAAUACGAUCAUAACCUCACGCAGGAUUUUCGAGGCCGUGCAGAUGCACUUGUAAAAUAUUUUGAGCACGUCGAGUGCGAGUCGAUAAGUUACGAUCCUCGGCCGCUUCUUGAAAACGUCGUGGUCUGGACUAGUGCGGACAUUAAGACGCACUAUACAUUGGAAGGCACUACUGUGACGAAAAGCGAGGGAGGUUCCAGUGUAAAAGUCAGCCAUGAUGAAGAUGAGGUCGCCAAUCUGGAGAUUUUCUUCUCGGCGAACAAGAAUGAGCGCAAUUGUGCACUCAUCACAGACUUUCCAGAGCAGCUUGUAACGGCACUGGAGCUUGAACCGGCCGAUCUCCCAGAUCUUCUUUCCUUCCUACGGGUGCCACUCGCCUCACUGAAGACCUUGCUGAUCAAAAAAGGCAUCACUAGCGGGGACGCUGCAGACGAUAGCGAAGAAGAGACUUUGGUGGAUCCAGUCGACGAAUACUCACAGGGCCAAAGUGAUGGCAGCUAUGAUGAUAGUGGUGAGGACGUAUCGACGACGUCUGCAAGCGGCGUUGACUCGGAUUCCGAAGGAUCAGCUAUCGUACAGCGUAUGCGUGCUUGGGCGAGGUCUGAGGCUGCAAACACGACUCUGCGACCACAUGUGAAUCCUCGACCUAGCUUUAGGCCGACCACACCACGGCUUCAGUCGCAGUAUUAUCUGAAUUUACCUUCCGAUGAAAGCCCUCGCGAUCGACCAGUCACUCCCCGUCCCACGGCUGCUGGUCUUUACAGCACAGAUAAUCGAAACCGGAACAGGGUGCGGAUUCAAGGCUUCGCCCGAAACGCGGGCCCUGCAUCUAGCCCUCGACUUGGGAGGUCCAGCGGCCAGUCUGGUGGCGGUGGUGGUACUUUUGACAUGAGUACAUUGAGGGAGACCCUCGAGGCCGCUGAGCCUGCUCUUGUGUCGACGGCGGUUCAGGUCAAUUCUGGCCCGCGCCGACGAGCAGGGCCGAUUAUAAAUCGUAGCGUGGAGGAAAUGGCCCGUGACUUUGAAGUCGGCUUUUUAGGAGAACAAUUUGUGUACACCUUGCUACGUGAUACGUUCGAGCUGCCCGACUUCACGGGAGAGGAAAAUUGGACCAGCUCGCUGCGCUCUCGCGCUGGCUUCUCGACCUUUGGCAGAGAAGUGUCGGAUUUUACCUAUGAGGACACGCAGGGCGCCCUAACCCGCCACUUUCUGCGGAUGCAGCACCCGUACGCGACGCCAGAAUGGCUGUCCACAGUUUGCGGCAAUGGUAAUGUGCCUCUGUACCGGCUAGAAGUCAAGAGCACAACGAGCCAAGAUCCUACUACUACCUUUUAUAUGAGUGGACGUCAGCACGAGUUGGCAAAGAAGCUGCGCGUCACUUCGACGACGCCGUCAGAGGUUUACGUCGUUCUGCGCAUCUCAGGCUUGAAUGCAUUGGAAGAUGGAGCAAGACACCGGCCACAGUGGAGAGUGUAUUUGGAUCCAUACACGUGCAGUGAAGAGGGCCUACUGAACUUUUUUGCGCCCACAUAUGCCGUCACGGUUACGCGUUGA